AUGCCUAAACUAUUGUUGAAACCGUUCAAAGGCAUGAUGAAUGUGCAUCAGAUUGUGUGGGACAAAAAUAAUAAAGACUUAAUUGCUCUUCGACGCCAAAGCUGCAUAACUGAUUUGUGUAAAAAUUAUGCUAUAGCUUGUCCCCACGAUAAACACCUCGGGUUUUACAGUCAUCCCACAGAAGAGUCGAAUCAGACAAACUCUUCUAAAGAACUUGUGAUUAUUUCCAAUGUUGUACUCGUGCCAAGUCGUGAAGAAAGAUCUCGCAAUAAUUUCCAAAACCAGUUUGAAGAGCAUUUGCUCCAAAAUCAAAAAAGUGAUGACGAAUAUGAAGGAGAGCGGGCGUCGUGCCCGUCACUUGAAGUUGCUAAAAUUCAAAGAUCGGAAGCAUUUUUAGCUCGUACGAACGCAGAGUUGCCAAGAGAGUUACAAGACAUCAAAACUGCGAAAUUUGAAGAACAAACGUUCUGCUUGUCUCAAGAUGUUAGCAUGAUUAUAGAAACGUCGGCAGUUACUGAUAUUAAUUCAGAUUUAGAUAUUACCCUAGAGCCAUCCGAAAUUGUGAUGUUUGAGACGUCAACCCCAUUUGAGGCUGCUCCAAUUUAUGCCGAAACUUUAAUCGCUUUGCCGGGUGCUUCUACAGCAGAUAAUGAAGCUAUCUCCGAUCCAAUGAAUGUGUCAUGCGUUGACCCGUUAGGUAGUGAAUUUGACGAAGCAUCUUCCAAUAUAACAGGAUUAGAAAAGGCAAAACUAAAGGAUCCAUAUGAGAAUAUACAAAUAGGCUCGUGGGUUGUUACGUCGUACCAAUGUCAGUUAAAGAAGAAUACUGCCAUAAAGUAUUUUAUUGGACAAGUGAUAAAUAUUAAUCAUGAUGACAACACUUUUACAGUAAAAUAUCUCAGAAGGAUAAAAAACACCGUAAAUGUUUUUUCUUGGCCGAACAAAGAUGAUGAAGACUGUGUCACUAAAAAUGUUAUUGUUAAAGUAUUACAAGAACCCAAUAUAAAUCGCAGAGGCCAGCUUAUAUUUGAUGAUAUCGAAAAUUUACUACCUGAGUAA